AUGGACAAGCAAGACCAUACGCGCCUCUGGCUCGCCGCCGCCUUCCUAGCCGGCGUGCUACUGACGCUGGGCUACAAAGACGUCUACCCAGACCUGGAGCGACGAUUCCGCGCAGCACGGCGCCGGCCGUCGGCAGCCAUCGACCGGCAGUCGUCUCUGGCCUCGCUGCGCACCCUCUACACCAAAGUCCAGCUCGAAGACAACACGGCGCACAGCGGGGCGCCACUUCCCGCGCCCGACAUCCGCGAGGGCAUCGAAGGCUGCAUCGGCAACACGCCGCUGAUCCGAAUAAAAUCCCUGUCCGAAGCGACGGGGUGCGAGAUCCUGGCCAAAGCCGAGUUCCUCAACGGCGCGGGCAACAGCCCCAAAGACCGCGUCGCGCUGAGCAUCAUCACGCAGGCGGAGGCCGAGGGCCUGCUGACGCCGCACUCGGGCGACAUGGUGUACGAGGGCACGGUGGGCAGCACGGGCAUCUCACUCGCCGCCAUCUGCCGCGCGCGCGGCUACCUCGCCCACAUCUGCAUGCCCGACGACCAGGCGCAGGAAAAAAGCGAUCUACUCGAGAAGCUCGGCGCGGAAGUCGAGCGCCUGCGCCCCGCCCCCAUCGUCGACGCCAACCAGUUCGUCAACAAGGCGCGCGCGCGCGCCGAAGAGCACACGGCGGACCGGACGCGGCGCGGGCGCGGCCUCUUCGCCGACCAGUUCGAAACCGCCGCCAACUGGCAAGCGCACUACACGGGCACGGGGCCGGAGAUCUUCGCGCAGACGGGCGGCCGGCUCGACGCCUUCGUCACGGGCGCCGGCACUGGCGGCACCAUCGCCGGUGUCGCGCUGUUCUUGAAGCCGCGCCUGCCGCGCCUGCGCGUCGUGCUCGCCGACCCCCCCGGCUCUGGCCUCACUAACCGCGUCAAGUUCGGCGUCAUGUUCGAUCCCAAGGAGCGCGAGGGCACGCGCCGCCGUCACCAGGUCGACACGAUUGUCGAGGGCAUCGGCGUCAACCGCGUGACUGCGAACUUUGAGGCUGGGCGCGAGCUCGUCGACGAUGCGGUUAGGGUGUCGGAUGAGCAGGCUAUGGCUAUGGCGAGGUGGCUGGUCGAGAAGGAUGGCAUUUUUGCUGGGAGCAGCACCGCGUGUAAUAUGGUUGCCAUAACCAAAGUCGCGCUCCAAAUGGGGCCGGGCCACCGCCUCGUCACCCUCAUCUGCGACAGCGGGACGCGGCACCUGAGCAAGUUCUGGAAGCACGCCGGCGCUGUCGGCAACCGGGACGACAUUACGCUCGACGACGUGCUGAAUGCUGGUGCGUAG